AUGCCCGCCUGGAAUCCAACCCGUACAAAGAUACAACUCAAGCUCGCCAUUGAGCGGACAAAGAUGCUGCAGGAGAAGAAGGAGGCCAUAGCAAAGAAGGAACGAAAGGAGAUUUCAGCUCUCAUCGCGAGAGGCAAGGAGGAGACGGCUAGGAUCAAGACGGAGGGAAUCAUUGCAGAGGACAUCCACAUCGAGCUCCUAGAGAUCCUCGAGCUCUACUCCGAGACUCUGCUAGCCCGCUUCGCCCUCCUCGACCUCCCAGGACGCGAGCCAGACCCGCAGAUCAGCGAACCCAUCGCAGCCUUGAUUCAUAGCGCUCCCCGCGUCGAGCUUCGAGAGCUACACAUCCUCAGAGAGAUGCUGCUAUCCAGGUACAGUCGCGAGUUUGGUCAAGACGCGAUAGAGAAUAACAAGGGGGUGGCGGGCGCGAGGGUGACCAGCAGGCUCAAGGUCUCGACGCCUAGCCCGGAGUUGGUGGAUCUGUAUAUCAGUGAGAUCUGUAAGGCGUACGACGUCAAGUUCGAGUCGCCUCACCUCAAGGCGGGCGAGAGUGACAAGGAGGAGCAGGAUGCGGUAGAGGAGGCUACAUCCUCAGCGGCGGCGGCGGCCGCAGCCAACGGCGAGACAGCAUCAGCGACGUCAGCAAAUGGUGGGUUACCACCACCGGCAGCUGAGCCUACCCUCGACCCGAAAGCAGGCCCCGCUACACGCUCCGAUGCAUUGACGUCGAAAGCAGUGGGGAAUACCGUGCCAAAGGAGGCCGCAGAUAGCAGUAUGGCGAACAAAACGUUAGGUACAAAGAAGGAGGUACCGUCGGGGGCAAGUAAGGAGCAGAAGGACUACGACGAUCUCGAGGCACGAUUUGCUGCAUUGAAAAAGAGGUAA